AUGCAGAUUCUGCACUUUGACAUCAAGCCGCACAACAUCCUUCUUGACAGCAAUUUCGUCCCAAAGGUUGCCGACUUUGGCUUGCCAAGCUAUACCCAAGCCCCAAGGGACAACAGCUUUGGGCCGUUGAGCGCCCUACGGGGAACCAUCGGGUACAUAGUUCCUGAGAUGAUAUCCCGCAGUUUUGGUGUCAUAUCUACCAAAUCUGACGUUUACAGCUUUGGGAUGCUGCUGCUGGAGAUGGCAGGAGGACCGAGGAACGCCGACCCGGAUGUGGCGAACUCAAGCCAGGCAUUCUACCCAUCGUGGGUGUAUGACCGGCUAACCAGACAGGAGCUGGGCGAGAUAUCUGCUGAGAUGCACGAGUUGGAGAGGAAGCUGUGUCUUGUUGGGCUACGUUGCAUCCAGAUCUAG